AGAGGACGUCAUCGAAAGAGAGCAAUAGCCAGCACAUGGAAUUUUAAAUUAAAAAGACAAGCUCUUCCUUUUAAUUAAUUUAAAAUGAAUCAAUAUAAAACAAUAUAUGAUAUUUUUAAUUAAAAUCGAUGUCAAUUUUCUUAUUUUUAAGACGAAGACAGUAAUUAUUAAUCAAUAAUUUCUAGAGCUCUCGGGUUAUGGCAAGGAGCGCGGCAGCCAGGAAAGACAGCGGUUACAGACAGCGACAAGGGUACAGGAACAAGGUAGCAGAGUACAGUUCACAGGUUGCUGGAUGGUCUUCGAACUUCUUCUUUUACAACUUUCCAGAGGAAUUAGAGGCAAAAUUUCUAUGGAACAGCUUUCAGAUGUAUGGUAAGGUCGUUGAUGUGUAUAUUCCGAGGAAUCGUGAUAAGAGAGGGAAGAGGUAUGGUUUUGUGCGACUAACAGGGGUCAAAAAUGAGAUUCAAAUGGAGAGGAGGCUGAAUGAGAUGUGGAUAGGCUCAUAUAAGAUGAGAGUGAAGCUAGCAAACGACAGACAAAGGAAACCUUCAUCGUAUAGGAAGGUUCACGGUAAGCCUAAAGUCAGUAGAUCAACAAACAUCAUGAAUAGGCUGGUUAUACCAGGACAGACAUAUGCUCAGGCAGUGAAGGGCCAAGGAAGGAGAGAGGAUAAGGCUCCAGAUCAAGCUCAGGAAAAGGAAAAAAACGAAAUCCCGAAAACGGAAGAUGUCAAAACGAGAGCUCAGGGGAAUAUGGAAGCAGAAAUAACAGAGAAGAGUGCUGAAGCAGAAAAAACAGAGAAGAUUGUCGAAUACACCCCAUCGGGUGACGAGCUGAAAUGGCUUGAGGGUGGCAUGGUGGCAGUGGCGAGGUCAAUGGCGUUGAUACCUGAGAUUCAAGAACAAAUGGAUGCAGAUGGAGGCUUAAUCUCGUUAUCACCAAUUGGGGGAAGACGGGUUCUUUUAUCUGAGAAAAUUACAGGGUUCAUAGCCGAUUAUAUGAAGCAAAAUGAGGAGUUAUUUAGCAUGUGGUUUGAGUCUAUAACUCCAUGGGAGAAGGCACCAGAGGAGGAAAGCCGUUUGAAGUGGGUGCGCAUAUCGGGUGUGCCACUAAAAGCAUGGGGAGAGAGGUGUUUUUCAGAUGAUUGUAAAAUCUCUAAUCAAGUUAAGCUGAAGGUGGGUGAGCAGGUGUAUGAAAUAGAGAUAACUGAAGAGGAAUGGCGCUCUGAUCCGGAUUGGUGGUUAACGGAGAAUGGCCGGAGAAGUGACCUGGAAACGGAGUCUGAUUUCUCAAACUCGUGGUGUCAGAACGAGGAUCCGGAAAUGGAUAUGGAUGAGAUGGGCGUCGGCGAGGAUGUAGGAAACGAUUCAGAACAUUUAAUGAAGGAUUUGAUCUCAAAUUCAAAUUUGAAGUUAGUAACGGAAACAGAGAGUUGUUUCCAAAUAGUGCAAGAGACAGAUUUGGAAGGAGAAGUAAACGAUGGGCUGUUAAAGGAGAUUGGGCCUCAAAGAGUGAAUUGUGAUGGGCCAAUAGAAGACAGCGGGCCAACCAAACGAGUGGGCUGGGGACAAACAAAGGAAAUGCACUUGGAGGAACCCGUUUUAGAUGCUCAAAUAGAGUUGAACCCAUCAGAAACGCAGAAAUCGGCAAACACAACAAAGGGGAACAAAAAACAGAGGAUGCUUCAAGACUGCUACCCAGAGAGCACGGAGAGGAUCUGGGCAAAAGGAGCACCGGGGGUAACUCCCAGAACAAAACAGCGUCUGGAACGGAGAGGAGAUCUGGGCAAAAGGAGCACCGGGGAUGACAAGGUACAUGAUGCUAUGGCUGUUUCUAUUUCAGAUGGAUGUAUUGAAAAUAGAAAUAGGGUGUUGCAGAGGGAGAUGAAUAUGCAUGAAGUGCGUCGGAUAAUGGGGGUGGGGAAGAGAUUGGGUUUUAAUUUCGAGAAUAAUGAGGAGGAGAUACAAUCAAAGUUGCUUGAGGCAGUAGAUCGGGAAGGGGCAGAGAGGAGGGUCGCGAAAGGGAGGUAGAGCCGGUAGUGAUGAAUGGGGGUUUGUGUGUAUAGAAUUAAUUGAUGAAAUUUGUGUCAUUUAAUGUAAGGGGCUUGGGUGGGACACUGAAAAAGAAGGAAGUGAGAAGGCUGGUUCAAGAAGAGAAGCCUGAUUUUCUAUUCCUGCAGGAAACAAAGUUAGAAAAAGUGGAUAUAGGAAUCUGUAGACAACUGUGGAAUUCAGAUGAGGUUGAUUGGAUUGCGAAGGGCUCUUCCGGAGCCUCAGGUGGUUUACUUUGUCUGUGGGAUAGUAGGCAGUUUGUUAAGAGGGAGGUUUUUUCUGGUGAUGGGUUCGUGGGUUUGGCAGGGGAAUGGGGAGCAAAUAAAAGGCAAUAUUUUUU